AUAAAUUAGGUCAGCCGCCCGGAAAUGUUCCAGUUCGCCGUCGAGUGUGUUUUUGUUUUGUAAAGACGAAGGAAGAUGAGCGGCAAACAAGGCCCUCCAAAGCACCAAAACAAGGUCGCAUGGAAACCAAACGCCGGCGUCAAAAUAAACGAAACGGAAGUUGGAGGGAGGUUCAGACCGUUAUCGGAGGUCACCGGAGUCUGCCCUCGCUGUAGGGAUCAGAUUGAGUGGAAACGCCGCUACGGAAAGUACAAGGGUCUCACUGAACCUGCUAAAUGCCAACGUUGUACUAAACGAGCUGUUCGUCAAGCUUACCAUAAUCUCUGUAACGGUUGUGCCAAGGAGCAAGGUGUUUGUGCCAAGUGUCGCUGCAAUGUUAAACAAAUAGUUGGAAGGGACAUUUCAGAAGUAGAAGCUGAGCAAAAAGAGCUUCAGGAGGCUAUCAAGCAUGCUCGAGAGAGGGAAAGAAGGACUCUGUUGCGAACUUUGAACAAAGAAAAAUCUAGCAAUACAGUUAAUACUACAACCGAAAAAGGAAACAAGGUUGGUGAAUUAUUCCCGUCAGCAUCGCUGGAAGACUAUGCAGAACUAAACAGAGAUGAUUUUGAAGAUGAAGAUGAUGAAAAUGGGAGUCGAGUUCUGUAAUGAAAAGAGAUAAUGUGGUGGACUUUUGGUGCAUGUCAUGGAAGCAGUGCCUGCUUUGUUGCAAACUCCCAACGGUAAAGAAACAUUUAGGCAGAGCAUUCUCUCACCAUCUUCAACCGUAUGAAAUUCAGAAUAUUAUGCAAUUUUGAAUACUCCAUCUAUAGAAAGUAUUUUAGCCAUAGAAACUCAACAUAUAUAUUUAUUUUUCUUUUUUAAAGAUAUCCAUGUUGUCUUUCAUUUUUGUUUUCCCUGUUGGAAGACAUUUAUUGAUUUGUUGAGAAUUGAUAUUGAAGUGAAAUUAUGUAGCUUUUUUGCCCCUUAGAAAGUUCUAGUUGAAUCGUGAUUGACAUUCACCUUUCUAUUUAAUGAAUUUUUCUUUUUCUCUGACAAAA